CUCUGCAGACGCGUUGAUGUUAUUUUAAACCGUUAAAAUAGCGGAACGGUCUGUGGAGGGAAGAAACUAAGUGGAGCAGGAGUUUGAGUAAGAGCCAUGAGGCGCCUCGGCUCCGUGCAGCAGAAAAUUCCCUGUGUUUUUCUCACUGAGGUGAAAGAGGAAGCGUCCAGAAAGCGGGACGGACAGAACUUUCAGGUGGUCGCCACGGAUACGGUGAAUCCACUGGCUGUCGAGUCGGACAUCCACCGUGCACUCGCCACAGAAAAGCUGGAUGGCACGUGCUGCUACGUCACGCUGUACAGAGGAGAACCGUACCUCUGGGCUCGCCUGGAUCGGAAACCCACCAAGCAGGCGAACAAGAAGUUCAAGAAAUAUCAAUACUUUCAAAAGACCUGUAUAGGUUUCACAUGGAAUGUGGAAGAAGAUUUCCGAACCGUACCUGAAUCCUGGAUUCCUGCACGUCGAGUUCAGUAUGAGAGCGGUCAUCCGGUACCUGAUGUACACGGACAUAUCCCGGGCUGGGUUCCAGUGGACAGUUCCAACCAGCAGUACUGCUGGCACGCGUCUGUGGUGGACUACGACGCCCGAGCCGCUCUUGUUCUGAGGCCGAAUGGCGAGGAUGAAGCUCUGCUGGAAAUCGCCAGUGUUCCCCUGACCGAGCUGAUGGAGCAAACGCUGGAGCUCAUCGGGACCAACGUGAACGGAAACCCGUAUGGUUUGGGCAGUAAGAAGAAUCCGCUCCACGUUCUGGUGCCGCAUGGAAUCCUGCGCAUCCGCAACGCUCCUGCGGUGGAGUACCAUCAGCUUCGCUCGUGGUUUCAGGAGAACGACGAGGGCCGUGUGGAGGGAAUAGUGUGGCACUGUAACGACGGUGCUCUCGUCAAGAUUCAUCGGCACCACUUGGGUCUGAAGUGGCCCGGUGGCGAUGCCUUCUUAAACUCCCGGCCUGUGGUGGUUCACGUGGACCAAUUCCCGUCAGACCCGGACGCUUCAGCGGACUCGUGGAAGAACCUGUUCGCCGCUCUGUCCGGCCUCACUGAAUGCCAUUUCAGCUCCAUCAGAGACGUCCAGCUCGAAGCCUGAUCAGUUACACAACAUUCCUCCUCCUCAACUGUUUCACCUCUGCUUUACAAUGAUGCUCAUCUUUACUGACAGGACAAAUCUAAGUAGUGGAAUUCUGUACAGAACCUCUGCUUGUGUAUGCCGUAAAGUAGCACUUGCAGUAAUCAUGGUAGUUUUACUACAUGAUUCUGAUGACGAGCCUGAAAUGAUGGGUUGAGUUGCU